UAACGGCUCCGGAUCCCAUGCCCCGCCCCUACCAUAACACUGCUCCGCUAGGCCAUGCUCAAUCCCGCUUCCCGCUUCGGCCAAUCCCCUGAGUCCUGGCCCCGCCCCUACUCUGACUUUGCUGAGCGAGGCGCCGCUCAGCUUCGCCUUCCUUUUAGCCGCUUCCGCAAAGUCCCGGCCCCUCCCCAAACCCAGGCACCGCUCCCGACCGUCUUCUAUCCUGGCCUGUUCUGCGAGGCUCUGCUCGGCCCCGCCCUUCUGCCGUGACCACGUCCCUGAGGCCUGACCCCGAUCCUGCUCGGCCGUGCUCCCCUCCGCCCCACCCUCGAGGCCCCGCCCCUUCUUCGCCUUGGCCCCACCCACCCCUCCAGGCCCCGCCCUCGGCCCCCUUCCGGACUCCGAACUGGCUCCGCCUUCGCCUUGGCCGGGCCCCGAGGCCCCGCCCCGAGACCCCGCCCCCCGUUUCAGGACCGUUGGCACCAGGCUAACGGUUCCACCACGUCCGCCGCCCUGGACGCCCGCGGCCUGCCCCUCCCUGCCUGUCCUGCGCCGAUACACUUUGAGUGGAUUCUGGCCAUUUGAGCAUUCUCUCCAGCUCUCCAAUCCCCAGUCUGCCCCCACGGGGGUCUCCCCCACCUCUCCCCUGUCCCACAGCCUAAAGCCCUCUUCGCCCUGAACCUCCCUUUUCCUUAUGUGGUGAAUGGGCACUGGCCCCGCUCAGACUCCCAGGAGCACCAGAGCUGGCCCUGAGCCAAGCUGUCCCCCACCAGUACCUGGGGACACGGGUGACUCAGACGUGACUCAGGAAGGCUCAGGUCCUGCUGGCAUCCGCGGAGGUGAGAAGGUGAUCAGAGCUGGGAUGGGGGACUCCCCAGGCAGAGGGGCACCCCAGAGGAGGCACGAGGCCCAGCCUGGCCGGGCUGGGAAGUAUGAAUGGAGACCAGAAAGCCCCACCAGCAUGGGCAGCCUCGGCCAGACAGAAGAUCUCCAAGAUGAGGACAGGAACUCAGCAUUCACCUGGGAGGUCCAGGCCAACAACUGCGCCUACAAUGCGCAGUUCAAGGAGAAGGUGUUCCUGUGCUGGCAGAGGAAGAAAUACAAGACCAACGUCAUCCGCACGGCCAAGUACAACUUCUUCUCGUUCCUGCCGCUGAACCUGUACGAGCAGUUCCACCGUGUGUCCAACCUGUUCUUCCUCCUCGUCAUCAUCCUGCAGAGCAUUCCCAACAUCUCCACGCUGCCCUGGUUCUCGCUUGGCACCCCCAUGGUCUGCCUCCUCUUCAUCCGUGCCACCCGGGACCUGGUGGACGACAUCGGGAGACACAAGAGUGACAGAGCCAUCAACAACAGACCCUGCCAGAUUCUGAUGGGGAAGAGCUUCAAGCAGAAGAAAUGGCAGGAUCUGUGCGUGGGGGAUGUGGUCUGUCUCCACAAGGACAACAUCGUCCCAGCCGACAUGCUCUUGCUGGCCAGCACGGAGCCCAGCAGCCUGUGCUAUGUGGAGACGGUGAACAUUGACGGGGAGACCAACUUGAAGUUCAGACAGGCCCUGAUGGCCACCCACAAAGAACUGACCACUAUAAAGAAGAUGGCGUCCUUUCAAGGCACAGUGACGUGUGAGGCGCCUAACAGUCGGAUGCACCACUUCGUGGGGUGCCUGAAAUGGAAUGACAAGAAAUACUCCCUGGACAUUGGCAACCUCCUCCUCCGAGGCUGCAGGAUUCGCAACACAGACACCUGCUAUGGACUGGUCAUUUAUGCUGGUUUUGACACAAAAAUUAUGAAGAACUGUGGCAAGAUCCAUUUGAAGAGAACCAAGCUGGACCUCCUGAUGAACAAGCUGGUGGUUGUGAUCUUCAUCUCCGUGGUGCUUGUCUGCCUGGUGUUGGCCUUCAGCUUCGGUUUCUCGGUCAAAGAAUUCAAAGACUACCACUACUACGUCUCGGGGGUGCACGGGAGCAGCGUGGCCGCAGAGUCCUUCUUCAUCUUCUGGGGCUUCCUCAUCCUGCUCAGCGUCACCAUCCCGAUGUCCAUGUUCAUCCUGUCCGAGUUCAUCUACCUGGGGAACAGCAUCUUCAUCGACUGGGACGUGCAGAUGUACUACCAGCCGCAGGACGUGCCCGCCAAGGCCCGCAGCACCAGCCUCAGCGACCACCUGGGACAGGUGGAGUACAUCUUCUCAGACAAGACGGGCACGCUCACGCAGAACAUCUUGACCUUCAACAAGUGCUGCAUCAACGGCCGUGUCUACGGGCCGGAUUUGGAGGCCACGACCCGACCUAAGGAGAACCCCUACCUCUGGAACAAGUUCGCCGACGGGAAGCUGCUCUUCCACAACGCGGCCCUGCUGCACCUCGUGCAGAGCAACAGGGACGAGGCCGUGCGGGAGUUCUGGCGCCUGCUGGCCAUCUGCCACACGGUGAUGGUGCGGGACAGCCACCGUGAGUGCCCAGACCAGCUGUUGUAUCAGGCGGCCUCCCCCGACGAGGGGGCGCUGGUCACCGCGGCCCGGAACUUCGGCUACGUGUUCCUGUCCCGCACUCAGGACACCAUCACGAUCGUGGAGCUGGGGGAGGAGCGGGUCUACCAGGUCCUGGCCAUAAUGGACUUCAACAGCACACGCAAACGGAUGUCGGUGCUGGUCCGAAAGCCAGAGGGCACCAUCUGCCUGUACACCAAGGGCGCCGACACGGUCAUCUUCGAACGCUUGCACAAGAGAGGGGCAACGGAAUUUGCCACAGAGGAGGCCUUGGCUGCCUUUGCCCAGGAGACCCUGCGGACACUGUGCCUGGCCUACAGGGAGGUGGCUGAGGACAUUUACGAGGACUGGCAGCAGCGCCACCAGGAGGCCAGCCUCCUGCUGCAGAACCGGGCGCAGGCCCUGCAACAGGUGUACAACGAGAUGGAGCAGAACCUCAAGCUGCUGGGAGCCACAGCCAUCGAGGACAGACUCCAGGACGGCGUCCCUGAAACCAUCAAAUGUCUCAAGAAGAGCAACAUCAAAAUAUGGGUGCUCACCGGGGACAAGCAGGAGACGGCUGUGAACGUCGGCUUCGCCUGCGAGCUGCUGUCAGAGAAUACGCUCAUUCUGGAGGAGAAGGAGAUUAGCCGCAUCCUCGAGACCUACUGGGGAAACAGUAACAACCUUCUAACCAAGAAGUCCCUGUCGCAGGUCAAGCUGGCCUUGGUCAUUAACGGAGACUUCCUGGUCAGUGUCGCUCAGGGUGGACGGCGGGGUCCCGGCGCCAGGGAGGGGCCUGGAGGGGCAGCGGGCUCGGGGUGGGGACUGCUGGCGAGGCCGAGGGCCGGGCAGGGUCCAGUCUGGACUGGAGGCCACGGCGCCUGGCACAGCCCCCUCCCCGCCGGCCAGGACAAGCUGCUGGUGUCCCUGCGGAAGGAGCCGCGCGCCCUGGUGCAGAACGUGAACAUGGACGAGGCGUGGCAGGAGCCCAGCCAGUCCAGGAGGGAUUUCCUCUACGCCAGCCGCCUGUCCCUGCUGUGCCGGAGGUUCGGGCUCCCGCUGGCCGCGCCGCCCGCCCAGGACUCCAGAGCCCACCGUAGCUCCGAGAUGCUGCAGGAGCGCGCCUUCGUGGACCUGGCGUCCAAGUGCCAGGCAGUCAUCUGCUGCCGCGUGACACCCAAGCAGAAGGCCCUGAUCGUGGCCCUGGUCAAGAAGUACCACCAGGUGGUGACCCUGGCCAUCGGGGACGGCGCCAACGACAUCAACAUGAUCAAGACCGCGGACGUGGGCGUGGGGCUGGCGGGCCGGAAGGGCAUGCAGGCAGUUCAGAACAGCGACUUCGUGCUCGGCCAGUUCUGCUUCCUGCAGCGCCUCCUGCUGGUGCACGGCCGCUGGUCCUACGUGCGGAUCUGCAAGUUCCUGCGCUACUUCUUCUACAAGACCAUGGCCAGCAUGAUGGUGCAGGUCUGGUUCGCCUGCUACAACGGCUUCACCGGCCAGCCCCUGUACGAAGGAUGGUUCCUGGCUCUUUUCAACCUCCUAUACAGCACCCUGCCAGUUCUCUACAUUGGGCUCUUUGAGCAGGACGUGAGCGCAGAGCAGAGCCUGGAGAAGCCGGAGCUGUACGUGGCGGGGCAGAAGGACGAGCUCUUCAACUACUGGGUCUUCGUCCAAGCCAUCGCCCAUGGCGUGACCACUUCUCUGGUCAACUUCUUCAUGACGCUGUGGAUCAGCCGCGACACGGCGGGACCCGCCAGCUUCAGCGACCACCAGUCCUUUGCGGUCGUGGUGGCCCUGUCUUGCCUGCUGUCCAUCACCAUGGAGGUCAUUCUUAUCAUCAAGUACUGGACCGCCCUGUGUGUGGCGACCAUCCUCCUCAGCCUUGGUUUCUACGCCAUCAUGACUACCGCCACCCAGAGCUUCUGGCUCUUCAGAGUAUCCCCCAAGACCUUCCCGUUUCUGUACGCCGACCUCAACGUGGUGUCCUCUCCCUCCAUCCUGCUGGUGGUCCUGCUGAGCGUGUCCAUAAACACCUUCCCUGUCCUGGCCCUCCGAGUCAUCUUCCCAGCCCUCAAGGAGCUACGUGCCAAGGAGGAGAAGGUGGAGGAGGGCCCCAGCGAGGACAUUUUCACCGUGGAGCCCUUGCCUCACGUACACCGGGAGUCUCGUGCCCGGCGUUCCAGCUAUGCUUUCUCCCACCAUGAGGGAUAUGCAGACCUCAUCACUCAGGGCACAAUUCUGCGGAGGGGACCAGGGGUCAGCAGUGACAUAGCAUCUGAAUCCCUAAACCCAUCUGAUGAAGAGGCAUCUUCGAGCCCAAAGGAGUCACAUUGGCAUCUCAGGAAGAUGUCGUUCCUGGGGAAGAAGAAGCGCCAGUCACAGGGGCAGGUGUCCUCCCAGGAAGUACAGCUCCCCCCUACACCUAGCUCCUUAUUUUCUAUGGAUAGACAAUCCGCUCUUCAUUCAGAAAACCAACCUGCCCUCCCCAAAUAUGUGCUCACCAGCAGCAACAGGCUAUCUGGGUCUUUCCAAGAGCAAUUGCCAAGGGCACAGGAGAGGUCACUGUCACCCAAGCAGAGGCCACCUUCUCCUGAGAAGUUGCUGUUGACCAAGGAGAGGUCACAUUCUCUUCAGGAGAAACCACCGUUGCACAGAGAAAGCCAGCCGUCGUCAUCUGAGAGCCAGCCAUAGCCUCUGGGGAGCCCGUCAUUGCUUUCAGGCCUGCUGACGUUGGAGAGCCAGCCAGACUCCUCGGAGAAGUCAGCAUUUUUGAAGCCCUCCACACCGCUCUGGAAGAGCUGGCGAAAGGAACCCCACACCCCCAAGGAAGGGACGGCGCCACUUCCAGACAAGACCCACAAAUCUCAGGUGGAGACUCUGCCACCAAGUCUGGAAGAAUCGUCCAUGUCCACGAGUGAGCAGCCUAUGGAGAUGGAGCCCUGGUCCGCGGAGAAGCAGUCAUCAUCAUCCAUGGAGUGGCUGCUGGUGCCCGGGGAGGAGCAGCCAUCCUUGCCCCCAGAGGAGCAGUCAUUGCCCUCUGCGGAGGGUACCGGGGUCAGCAGUGACAUAGCAUCUGAAUCCCUAGACCCAUCUGAUGAAGAGGCAUCUUCGAGCCCAAAGGAGUCACAUUGGCAUCUCAGGAAGAUGUCCUUCCUGGGGAAGAAGAAGCGCCAGCCAGUUCUGCUGCAAGUCAACCAGCAUGCAGGGGGCCUUCCUCUAAAGACAAGACUCCACAUGCUUUUCUUUUUCUAAUAAACGAGGGUCCAUCUGACCCCAGCGCUAAUUCAGGCUCACUCUUUCCCUACACUUUUUUUGUGAUGGAAUAUUCCUUCCUGGUUUUUAAAAUCAAAGCACUGACCUCUAGUGGUCCAGCCAGGUAUUUGCAGGGAAAACUUUUCUUCAUACCGGGGUAAGAUAAUGUGGGGAAAGCUUCAUUGCUCUCAAAAGUUGCUUAUUAAAAGCUGUGGCUCCCCCACUGCCUGACAGCUGGCCCCUCCCAAGAAAGUUUAUAAAUUCCAGUUCUGGUACCAUCUA